AUGUGGAACCUGGUGAAAACUGCUCAAGCUGAGGUCUUGAGCUCCUCGAGUCCUGCCUGCCUCGACCUUGCCUUGUCAGUUUUGGCUUUCGCGCCUUUGAUUUCGCACACUUGGGCUCUUCUUUGUCGAUCCGUAGCUCUGUACAGCUUGGCAGCAGUCCGGGAUGCCCAGGUUCUAGCCUUUGAUGGCUCAGGAGGAACACUCCACAACACCUGGGUAUCCAACACCGUUUUGACGGUGUCAGACCGGCGCAUGAAGAAGGACAUCAAACCUCUUCAGCGCAGUCUGAGGGAUCUCUUGUCUCCACAGGCAUCAGAGCCUGCUGCCACCGUGGCCCCAACGGCCCCAGCAGGUGCCCCCAAGGGUGAUGAUGCUGGAGCACUGUGGAUGCUGCGGCAACUGCGACCAGUGUCCUACUACUUCAAGAAGGGCAGCGAGUCGAAGUAUAUGCGAUUCGGCUUCAUCGCCGAUGAGCUGGAGUCCGUGGUUCCACAGGUGGUACGUCAGGGACGAAGUGACGAGCUGUCCAACCCCAAGUCUGUGGUCUACACCGACUUGAUCGCCUUGCUCACUGCAGCGGCGCAAGGCCAACAGCAGGUCAUUGAGCGGCAACAGGGCCGAAUGGACAAGCUUCUCAGCGACUUCGCGUCCUUGAAGACGGAACUGGUGAACUUGAAGCAGGAAGACUUCGAAGUUCCACGCAAGAACCUGCGGGGCGAGAAGAAAAAGAAGAAGUCGAAAUCUGGAAAAGGCGCCAAAAAGCCAGCGGACCUCGAGACGAGCAAUGCGACCGAGAAUGCGACCAACCUCACUAACACCACUGAGUCCUUAGAAGGCGGCCUUACCCGCGGCCUGAUCUGA